GCUGGAGAAGAAGAAGAAGAGGAACAGCAGGACGUGUUUACAUUCAGCAGGAGUGUGUGAGAGAAAGAGUGAGUGUGUGUGUGUGAUGGCGCAUCUUCAGCUCCUCGUCUCCGCCGUGUGUGUGCUGUUAAGUGUGUGUCAGGCUCAGAUUUAUUCCGCGAUCUAUGAGGAGGAAACCGCGCGACUGCAGCUGAUAGAAGGCGCGCACACACACUCUGUAGCGGAGGCCAACUUCACUGACCACAUCAACACCACCGGGUGGGCGUAUCUGGAUCUGAGCAGCAGUGCUGAUUAUAAUGACUCUCUGCAGGCGUACGCUGCUGGACUGGUGGAGGGCGCCGCCACCACACAGCUCCUCUACAAGCACUGGAUGAACACACUGAUGGGUUACUGCGGGCCGUUCUCUUCUGACGUCGGCUUCUGUGAGCGGCUGAAGGACUACGUCACCACUAACCUGCAGUGGAUGUGGCAGCAGAUGGAGACGCACACACACUCUCCAUACUGGCAUCAGGUGCGAUUGUCUUUACUGCAGCUCCAAGGAUUGGAGGACGGCUACAACGGGAGGAUUCAUUUCCCAUCCGGAAGCUUCUCCAUCAAUCCCUUCGGCUUCCUUCUCUUCCAGAUGGGUGGAGAUCUGGAGGAUCUGGAGGCGGCGCUGAAUAAAUCCAGCCAGUCUCGUACUGUGGGUUCAGGCUCCUGCUCCGCUCUGAUCAAGCUGCUCCCGGGCAACAAGGACCUGCUGGUGUCGCACGAUACCUGGAACAACUACCAGUCCAUGCUGAGGAUCAUGAAGAGAUACAGCUUGAGCUACCGCACGGCUCCCACAGAACAGGAUGUUAUUCCUGGAGCCGUGCAGGUGUUUUCCUCUUAUCCGGGCAGCAUCUUCUCCGGAGACGACUUUUACCUGAUCAGCAGUGGUUUGGUUACUUUGGAAACGACGAUCGGCAACAGUAACGCGGCGCUGUGGAAGUUUGUGCGUCCGGUCGGGUCCGUGAUGGAGUGGCUGAGGAACAUCGUGGCCAACCGGCUGGCGGGAGACGGACAGAGCUGGGCCCAAAUAUUCAGCAGAUAUAACAGUGGAACCUACAAUAAUCAGUGGAUGGUAGUGGACUAUAAGAACUUCGUCCCGGGACAGGCCUUCGCAAAACAAGGGCUUUUCACAGUUCUGGAGCAGAUCCCGGGAAUGAUCAAAACCGCAGAUAAAACUGAAGAGCUGUUUCAGACGGGCUACUGGGCCAGCUAUAACAUCCCGUACUUCGAGGAGGUGUUCAAUGCCAGCGGAGGUCAGGAGCUGGUCCAGAAGUACGGAUCCUGGUUCUCCUUCAGCCAGAACCCAAGAGCUCAGAUCUUCCGCAGGAACCAGACGCAGGUGACCGACAUCCAGUCCAUGGAGCGUCUGAUGAGGUAUAAUAACUAUCUGGAGGACCCUCUGUCCCGCUGUGAGGAGUGCGACCCGCACCAGAAUGCUGAGAACUCCAUCUCUGCCCGCUCAGACCUGAACCCUGCGAACGGCUCGUACCCAUUCGGUGCGCUGCGGCAGCGUCCACACGGAGGAACCGACAUGAAGAUGACCAGCUCCAGCAUGUUCCGGCAGUGGGAGCUGCUGGCCGCCAGCGGGCCGUCCUGUGAGCAGACACCGGUGUUCCAGUGGAGCCGCUCGCCCUACAGCUCACUCCUGCACAUGGGUCAGCCGGACCGCUGGGACUUCCCCACCGUACACGUGCGCUGGGCCACAUGAGGACCAGAACCACGCCAUGAUCAAUACCAGCACUGCAGUCUCAGGAAUCAGCCCAUAUCAAUAAUCAAUAAGGCUCAGUUCUGUCAUCUUAAAUGCACAGAUGACAUGGUCAAUAAAUCUGUCAUCAACAUGAUUGUCAUGAGGCAUUAUAACUGCAUCAUGAACAUUCUUCUGAUCAUCUGUUUUUACACUGUUAGUUUGUGACAGCCUCAUGAAUAUUUAAUGACAAAGUCAGCUUGUUCCAAUAAAUAUCAAUGACACUGUUAUGAAAUCCACGACAUGUUUAUAACGUCCUCGUGCCAGUCAUGUUGAUGACAGAUUUAUGAUGAGUUUGUUUCUUGUCAGGUUGUCAUAAUGUCAUCUUUAAACUGUAAUGACUGAGCGAAUGACACUUAAUAACAGUGGUUAUAAGCAUGAAUAACAUCUCAUUCACAUUACUGACAUGAUUAUAAAGGGUUAAUGACAGUCUUAUGAACACUCCAAGUGAAGUGUGAAACUUCUGAUUAAGAGGAUGAGUGUUAUACUGAUGUAAUGUGUUUCUUCUGAAAUGUCCUGUGUUCAGUAAAUCCAGAUGUGAUUGA